AUGUCAUCAAUUCAAGAACGACCAAGUAAACGUCAACGUACAAUUAAAACAGGUCAUGACUUAGAUACAGUUGAUUUUGAAACAAGUGAAGAUGUUGAAGUAUGUCCAACAUUUGAUGCUAUGAAUUUAAAUGAAAAUCUUCUUCGUGGAAUUUAUUCAUAUGGAUUUGAAAAACCAUCAGCUAUUCAACAACGUAGUAUACGUCCAAUUGUUAAAGGACGUGAUGUUAUUGCACAAGCACAAUCUGGUACUGGUAAAACAGCAACAUUUUCAAUUGCUAUGUUACAAAAAUUAGAUACUAAUAUACGUGAAACACAAGCAUUAGUUUUAUCACCAACACGUGAAUUGGCACAACAAAUUCAAAAAGUUGUUUUAGCUAUCGGCGAUUUUAUGAAUGUACAAUGUCAUGCUUGCAUUGGUGGAACAAGUACAGGUGAAGAUAUGCGUAAACUUGACUAUGGACAACAUAUUGUUAGUGGAACACCAGGAAGAGUUAUUGAUAUGAUCAAUCGAAGAUCUUUACGUAUGUAUUAA